CAGUGCCUUUCAUGUUCAGUUUCCUAAAUAUUAGCUAGUUAUCCACGAAGGUAACAAAAUGUCUCAGUUGCCUCCUCUUCAAGGCAAACUAAAGUAUGAUAUAGAGUACAAGGUUCCCGUUGAAAAGAUCCAUGAGUUCUGGCGCAGUAGCUUUGGCCACAUCCCAAAACUCUCUCCUAACAUAGUCCAGAACGUUGAGUUAGUCGAAGGUCGCUGGGGAAAUGAAGGCUGCACCCAUAACUGGACAUAUAACAUUGAUGGAAAAGUUUCAACUUCUGUCCUUAUAACUGAGGAAGUGGACUGCAAGAAAAAAUACAUCAGUUUCAAAGUAAUUGGUGGGGAUCUUUUGGAGCCUUACUACAAGAGCUUCAAGUUUGUUGUUCAAUUCACUCCCAAGGAUGAUGGGGGCAGCAUGGGAAGCUGGAUUCUGGUGUAUGAGAAGCUGAAUGAGAAUGUUCCAGACCCCAUCUCAAUGCGUGAGAAAUCUGUUCAGAUCAACAAAGAUAUCGAUGCUUACCUCACUCAGGCUUGAACAUAAAUAUGAAAUAACUAAUAUGUGCUGUCUAUAAUCCAUGAUAUGGAUGUGUAAUAUGUAAUGGUAAUCUACGUUAUAGUUGUCUAAUUAAUAUUUAAUUGUACC